UAGAGACCUGGGCAUUUUGCUUCUUAUUUCAGGAUGAAUCUAGGCUGGAGUGAGGCCCUGUGGACCAAAAUUUGACUAAAAUGCACCCGGAACAAUGCAGUCGCCACCUGCCAUCCCUGUGCCUGUGCCUGUGAUCCGGCUUCCCCGGGGUCCUGAUGGCUUCAGCCGUGGAUUUGCCCCUGAAGGACGCAGGGUCCCCCUGAAGUCUGGUAGUUCUGAACUCCAAGAAAGUCCUAUGAGCGAAGACUCUCCAGAAACCCAGGAGCAGCGAGCCCGGGCCACACUCCGGGAGCGCUACCUUCGCAGCCUGCUGGCCAUGGUGGGCCGCCCAGUGAGCUUCACCCUGCACCAGGGCGUGCUCGUGGCUGCCCAUUUUGGAGCCACUGACCUGGACGUGGCCAACUUCUAUGUGUCGAAGCUGCAGACUCCCAUAGGUGUGCAGGCUGAGGCAUUGCUUCGGUGCAGUGACAUUAUUUCUUAUACCUUCAGGCUCUGAAGAAGAACCUUCCCCCAGCCCUGCCCUUUUAACUGUGUGGCCUAGCCCACCAUUCUGGGCCUCCAAAGGGCCCAGGCCAGGACCUUGGCCCAUGAAGGUCUCUGCCUCUUUGAGUUCCAAGUCAAGCUCCAGCGCUCUUCCCACCUCCAGGGUCAGUGGAGAGAAACCACAGCCAUGAGUUUUAGGUCCCAAGGGAAGGAACCUGAAAGGUAUUCUACCUCAGAACUGAGUCCUGCAGAACCGGGCCUGGUGGGAAGAAGGGCACUGAAGGAAGACAGCUACCUAAGGGAGCUGUUUAUUGAAUUGGUUGAAAAGGUCACCUACCCUGAAGAUUCUUCUUCUCCCCUUCCCCUCCCCCUCUGAUGCCAAAGAAGCUAUUUUCCACGGAAAAUCCGACUUCUGUCUUUCCUAUGUUUAUAUACAAAUGUCUAUUGGGUCUAGGGUCUCACUGUAGUCCUUAGAGUCUUAUCCUUAGAGCCUUAGAGUCCUUAUCUUCUGGGAUUACAGGUAUGAGCCACUGUAUCUGGCUCUCAUGUUUUAAGUGUACGUCGUAAGGGAUGGAGGAGCUCCAUUUAGGAAGGGACUGGGGUAAGGGAAUGUCUAGCAUCCCCCCCAAAUGGGAGCUUGUAUUUGGGGGUGGGUAGGGAUCAAAAGGCCAGAGGUGUGGCCCAUACUGGGUUUAAGACCGCCCGGCCUCCAAGUGACCACCGGAUGCGGUGGCGAUCAUUGAACAAAAGCCACGGAUCAGUAGUUCAGGCAAAGCCGCUGUGCUUCAUUUGUACCUGGGCGACCCACGUCCAUGUCACCCGCUGCGCUUAGCCUUCCGGCCACAAGAAACCCAGGUAGUUUCUGUCCCCUCCCCAGUCCCUUCAAGAUCACAAUGCAGACGAAGCCCUUCUUUGCCACGGGGAACGGGACCUUCGGGACCUUCGAACGCCGCCGCCGCCGCCGCCGCCCGUCCAUUCACAGCAUCUGCGGCGAGGCCCCGCCCAGCGGCCGGGGGGGCCUCGUUCACGGCGUAAUUCGCCCCGCCCCUUGUUCACGUUGCCA